AUGGGUGUCUGCCCUUUGGCCAGAAUGUCCCUGCUGAGAGACAACUUCACAGGUCCCCUGCAUCCUCAGGCCCAGCCUGAAGUCCUGACCUGUACCUGCUGGAGGGCCCCCAUUAUUUGGGAUGGCACCUUCGACCCAGAUGUGGCCCAGCAAGAGGCUGUACAGCAGAACCUCACCAUUGGUCUGACUGUCUUUGCUGUAGGCAGAUACCUGGAGAAGUACCUGGCGCGCUUCCUGGAGACGGCCGAGCAGCACUUCAUGGUGGACCAGCGCGUGGUGUACUAUGUGUUCACCGAGGGCCCGGUCGCCGUGCCCCGCGUGCGGCUGGGCCCGGGCCGCCGGCUGCGCGUGGAGCGCGUGGCGCGCGAGCGGCGCUGGCAGGACGUGGCCAUGGCGCCCAUGCGCGCGCUGCACGCAGCGGUGGGCGGGCGGCUGGGCCAUAAGGCACGCUUUGUGCUUUCCAUGGACGUAGACCAGCGCUUCAGCGGGACUUUCGGGCCCGAGGCGCUGGCCGGGUCGGUGGCGCAGCUGCACGCCUGGCACUACCGUUGGCGGAGGCUCCUGCUGCCCUUCGAGCGGGACGCGCGCUCGGCCGCCGCGCUGGGCCCGGGCGAGGGCGACUUCUACUACCACGCGGCCAUGUUCGGGGGCAGCGUGGCGGCUCUGCGGCAGCUGACGGCCUACUGUGUGCGGGGCCUGGAGGUGCGCUGGCACGACGAGAGCCACCUCAACAAGUUCUUCUGGCUGCACAAGCCCGCCAAGCUGCUGUCACCCGAGUUCUGCUGGAGCCCCGACAUCAGCCGCCGGGCCGAGAUCCGCCGCCCCCAACUGAUCUGA